UGCCAGGUUGGCUUGAGUGGAGAAGAUGUUGGAGUUAUAACACCCUACCGAGCACAAGUAAAACUAAUUCGUGAGUCAGUACAGCACAAUGUCACUGGUGGUCACAGGAUAGAAGUCAACACUGUAGAUCAGUACCAGGGACGAGACAAAAGUGUCAUCAUUUAUUCCUGUGUACGCUCAGGUGUGACACAAGUUGAGGCUGGAGAAAUUCUUCAAGAUGAGCGACGUUUGAAUGUGGCUGUAACAAGGGCAAAGCAUAAACUGAUCAUGGUUGGGGAUGUCACGACUUUGAAGCUGUAUACACCCUUCAAGCAACUAAUUGAUCUUCUGGACACCAAUCAAAUUUACAGUCUAAAAGAAGCCAGCAAUAUCCUCUCUUGGACUGAUUGAUUUAUGAAACAUUUUGUGUUUUACCAAAGUUAAUUUAGUAGUUUAUUAUGUUAUUUUUAUAUACAAGAUGCCUAAUAAUAUCAAUGACUAAGAGAUAUGUAACCUUUUAUUUUAUAUUAUUUAAAUUAUUGGUGCUGCUUGCUUGUUUAGAUUAAGUUUAGGUACUGCAUUACAGACAUUGAAAAUUAUUAUUUACUUAUUAUUUUUAUAGCUUUCAUGAUUGAACAGUAGCACAAUGGCGGGAUCAUGUUGAAAGUAUUAAUUUCCCUGAUUUUUUAUAUCAUAUAUUAAAAAAAGAUUUUUAACUAUUGUACCUAAAAGUGAAGAUGAAACUCAUUAAUAUAAAUAUAUAUUUUAUUGUAUGUUUCUGUACUUUGUUCAGAGACAAGAUAGGAAUAAUUACAGAUUUAUUUUAUGUAGAUCUACCUUGUGCAUGAAUUUACUUUUGUUUAGCCUGCAUGGUGUAUGAUAAGCCAUAUUAAGUACAUGUGGCAAAUGGUAGACAUAAAUUUACUUAGCAUUCACUGUGAUUUAUCACCAGCUGUCUUUCAGAUUUUUAAAAUGUGAUAUGAAGAGUAUUAAUAUUUUUAUGUCUGAAGGUGUGUAUAUAUGUAAAUUCUAUUAAAAAAAAAAAAAA